AUGGAUCUAAGCAAUGCCCUUAUGUCUCCGAAUAAUGAUCUCAGUGGAACCACAUGGUGUCUAUAUAACAAUUCCUGCCGCCUGUCCAUCGGUGGAAUUGUUGCCGUUGCAGGCGCUACUGGGAACACAGGCUCUUCAAUUUUGAAUGCGCUGUUGAAGACUCCCGAGCUGUUCCAAGUAACGGCUCUAUCGAGACCCACUUCGGUGGAAAAGCCUGAACUCAUUGACUUCGCAAAGAGAGGCGUGACUGUGAAGGCAGUUGAGCUGGAUGGGUCAAUCGAGGCAAUUUCUGGAGUCCUCGUCAACGUGGACGUCGUGAUUUCGUGCUUGACCUUAUUCUCGUUCCAGGAGGAGAUGAAUCUGAUUGAAGCAUCGAGCAAGGCCAAUGUUGGCGUCAUGAUGCUCGGAGAUAAGGUGAGUAUCCGACAGACCAAAGAGUUUGAGUUGAACUGGUAUCAGCUGACCUUGCCUGCUUUGCCCUCAGGCAGAUUUCGCCCGAUGGUAGAAGAGUAUUCCACCACGCACAUCAUUGGGGACGGCAACACCCCUUGGACACUUACCAACAAUCGUGAUAUUGGCAAUUUUGUCAGCCGAAUCAUCGCCGACCAGAAGACAUUGAACAAGAUGGUCUUUGCAUACGGGGAGGUCAUGACAAAGAAUGAGGCUUUUGACAUUCUCGAGAAGGUGUCGGGAGAGACUGUGACCCGAGAAGUUAUCACAAAAGAAGAGGUGCAAGGCGUCAUCUCUCAGGGCCACACAGGCAAGGGCAGAACAGUCAAUCCCAAGGUCGGUAUGGCAGAGUGUCGGAAUCUUCUUGGUAUUCGAGGCGAGAAUACUCCUGAGUAUGCACACUAUCUUGGAUAUCUUGAUGCGAGAGAAUUGUAUCCGGAUGUGAAGUUCACAAGCUUUGAAAAGUAUAUUGGAGUUAUCAUGCAAACAGAAUGA